UUUCACACGUACCUGAAAUCUCUUAUUUUCGCUAUAUAUAUCCGUAUGAAUUUGUCAAGAGAUUAAGCAGAGUAGUCUAACAAAAGUGUGGGGGAAAAAAGAAAAAAAAAAAAAAAGGAGAAAAGAUGGUGGUGGCCGAGUUCAGUUCAGGUGGUGGUGGUUGGUCAAUAUCACAGAUGAGAAGUUUCGGUGUACACUUGAUCCUGGGCCAAUGGUUCAUGAUAUUCGCUGCCAUAUUAAUCAUGUCGGUAGCUGGAGCAACUUACAUGUUCAGCCUAUAUUCCAAAGACAUAAAAACGUCUUUGGGAUAUGACCAAUCUACCCUCAAUCUGCUAAGCUCCUUCAAGGACUUGGGUGGCAAUGUUGGUAUCAUUUCAGGUCUCAUCAACGAGGUCUCACCCCCAUGGGUGGUCCUAUCCGUCGGAGCAAUCAUGAACUUCACCGGCUACUUCAUGAUAUGGUUGGCCGUAACAGGCCGAAUAGCCAAACCCCGUGUAUGGCAAAUGUGUUUGUAUAUUUGCCUUGGCGCAAAUUCACAAACAUAUGCUAAUACAGGUGCUUUGGUACCAUGUGUUAAAAGUUUCCCCGAAAGCCGAGGCAGUAUUUUGGGCCUAUUGAAGGGGUUUGUUGGUCUAAGCGGUGCUAUUAUUACUCAGCUCUAUCAUACUUUCUAUGGUGAUGACGAUUCAAAAUCUCUCAUCUUACUCAUCGCUUGGCUUCCAGCUGCUGUUUCCUUGGUCUUUCUCCGAAUCAUUCGGGUAAUAAAGAUUGUUAGACAAACAAAGGAGCUCAAGAUCUUCUAUAAUCUACUCUACAUGUCACUCGGCCUUGCUGGGUUUCUUAUGGUUUUGAUUAUUAUACAAGACAGACUCAGAUUCACGGGAAUCGAGUAUACAGUAAGUGGUUCGGUUGUCGUUUUUCUGAUUUUUCUUCCUCUUACCAUUGUCUUUAAAGAAGAAUUCAACCUCUGGAAGACCAAAUUACAAGCUCUUACCACUGAUCCUCCUUCUCCUCCUGAGCUAAAAGUAGUCACCGAAAAUCCGAUCCCGGAUCCAGUUCAAGUAACAUUGCCGCCAGUACCAGAAACUCCGGGACGAAAGGUCGAUUCUUGCUUCCAAAACGUUUUUAAUCCGCCGGAGAGAGGCGAAGACUACACCAUACUGCAAGCAAUUUUCAGCAUCGACAUGAUAAUCCUGUUCACAGUGACGACUUGUGGGGUGGGCGGGACGUUGACGGCGAUCGACAAUCUGGGUCAGAUCGGGAAAGCAUUGGGCUAUCCAGCUCAUAGCAUAACAACCUUCGUGUCUCUCGUCAGCAUAUGGAAUUAUCUCGGUCGAGUCGUCUCGGGUUUCGCUUCCGAGGAAUUCUUGAGGAGAUACAAAUUCCCUCGUCCAAUGAUGCUCACUGUGGUUCUUCUUUUGUCAUGUGUUGGCCAUCUAUUAAUUGCCUUUGGCGUUCCCAAUUCCCUAUAUUUGGCUUCUGUGAUUAUUGGGUUCUGUUUCGGUGCACAAUGGCCAUUGAUAUUCGCUAUCAUAUCGGAAAUAUUCGGCCUAAAAUACUAUGCAACGCUAUACAAUCUCGGCGGUGGCGCAAGCCCUGUUGGGGCUUAUAUUCUGAAUGUGAGAGUGGCUGGUUAUUUGUAUGAUAAAGAGGCGUUGAAGCAAAUGACAGCUCAGGGUCGUCCUUGGAAAGCAGGGCAGGAAUUGACAUGCACUGGAGCGCAUUGUUAUAAAAUGUCAUUUAUCAUAAUCACCGCCGCAACAUUGCUUGCUUGCCUGAUUUCUGUAAUUCUGGUGAUUCGGACCAGAAAUUUCUACAAAGGAGAUAUCUACAAGAAAUUCAGAGAAGGAGUAAAGACGGCCGAAACUGUGGCUAGCACUGAAAAUGGUCAUGGUGACUUACCCUUGAGGGAGAUUGAGACCUCCACAGCACCAACAAAAGGACAAUCAGAAUGUACUACUAAUUCAUGAAUAGGUUAAUAGAAAUGAUUUGUAUGGAUAAAUUGCAGUAAAUAAGUGCACGGGGAAAUGAUGUAAUGAUAGUUUUUUUUUUUUUUCCUUAAUUAAUUUUCUCUGUUCUGCAAGAAAUCAAUAGAAAAAGAAAGAAAGCAAAUUCUAAUUA